AUGAUACCUCGCUCUGAUGAUGUCCGUCACCGGAAUCGAAGAAGAUUGCCUCGGAAACAGCGUCAGCAUGAAGCUUCCAGUAAAGCCAAUCGACAGCUGGCCGAGAGGAAUCCGCCGUCGUCUUCUGGCGGAACCGACCUUCGAAUCUCUUCACCAACACUUUCAUUCGAAAUGGAAGAAUCCUUUCAUUGGGCAUUUUCGCACGAAAUGAGUCUUGAAACUGCAAUAUUCCCUCAUCUUCGGCAAGUCAUCACGGUCAUAGCUAGAGCAGGCGAUCAUGCUUGUAAGGAAAACGGAUCUACAGGGAUCGAAUGUUCCAUUUUUUCUAUAAAGCAAGGGCAGAUUGAUAGGCAUCUCCAAGGGGAUACUCAGGCCCGAAUUGGUGGGACGGGAGAGUACCAGCAGCGCGAUAUGUGUGCGAUAUGUGCAAUUGCUUUGGCAACAUUUUUACCUUAUCGCCCGCUAAUCGAUGAUGGCUCAUUCUUUAAGGGCCAACCUGUAGCAGCUUCCGUCAAUCCGAGCCUAGCGCUAUUGCCGGGCGAGGGGAAGUAA